UGCGCACAGCAUGUAAUGCUGAAGUGCUACCGCCAGGUGGUGGUGUCGCAGCGGCUCUCUAUUGAGCGCUGCUUUCUGACAACAGCAGAAGAAGUCAAGAUGGCAGCUACCGUCAUGAAGAGUCCUGUUGCUGUUGAAGACGUGGUUGUCACGUUCGAAGAUCAGCAGAAAAUCAACAAAUUCGCCAGAAACACGAGUCGGAUGACGGAGCUCAAAAAUGAAAUCGAAUCAAAGAAGAGAACGCUGCAGAACCUUCAGGAUGCCAGCGACGACCUGAUGCUGUUAGACGACGACACUCUGUUGAUCCCCUACCAGAUAGGUGGUGUCUUCAUCAGCCACUCCCAGGAAGAAACACAAGAGAUGCUAGAAGCUGCUAAAGAAACUCUGGAGCAGGAGGUCAAAGGCCUUGAGAAACGCGUGUCAGCGAUUCAGCAGGUGUUGGGUGAUCUGAAGGUCCAGCUCUACGCUAAGUUUGGAAAUAACAUCAAUCUGGAGGCUGAUGAGAGCUAAACAGUUUGGAAUCUGACAGAGGACGGACUUUUACUGGUUUCAGAACUUGGUUGAUGCCAACAAAACAUGUUUUCUGUUUGCUCUCCUGGCUGUUGUUUACUCUGAUGAUGCGUUUACCUGCCUCACAACAUCAGGAACUGUACAGAUUUGGUCAUUAAAUGAAUCCGUAACAUUUAUUUGUUCAUGUGCUCCGUAGUUUUGUUACUUCUGUCCAUCAAACUGAAGACACAGUUUCCAAAUCAGAUCAAUAACUGGUUUUAUUAUGAAAUCUUUAGGCUCAAAUGUCACAGAGGCAGGACUAACUAAACAAUCUUCCUUUUAUUUAUAACAAUAAUAAAUAAAUGGAUGAAAACAUUUA